AUGAGCGGCGAACCCAACGCCACCACUGGAGGAGAGGACCACAACACGACAGAAUCCAUUCCACACCGGCACUACACAAAGGUGCACACGGGCCAGACUCGACACCGCAAACAAUCUCGUGGUUUCUUCUCGGCGGCCAUGGCCAAGCUGGGGCUUGGACGCGAUGUUAACGACAACCAAGUCCGGAUCGCCGACGCUACGGGUGACGUACAGCGCAACAUCUUGAUAAUAUGUGACUGGAAGUGGGCCAAAGCGCGGCGUCAUGGACGGUCGCACAUCGGAGAGCAACUCCAGGCCGUGAGGUUCAUGGAGGUGCUGCUUCAAAACGGCAAGGUUCUCUGCAGGGGCUUCGAGGCGAGGGAUGGCCUGACGCCAGCUCAGAUUGAUGACCACUGGAAACGAGCCGGCGGGCUCAUAUGUCAGGAGCUGGGUGGCUUUGAAAGGGGCAGAGAUAUUCAGGGUAUGAUAGGUGGUCAGAGCUAG